AAUAUUUUUUCUUUUUCGUGUCCCGCAGAAAUAGGAAGGUAGCUACGUACCUCUUUCUUUUGCAUAAUAUUGAAACUUGUCUUUGUUCUGAUUCGGAUAAGUAUGCUUUUUCAGAUGAACAUGUUUACAAAACCAAUCCAGAUGACCAUGUUGUUUAGUUCUAAACUCAAUCGUGGAUGGGAUGUACACAUCAUCAGUAGUAACUUGAUACAAGAAAUUUUAUUAGUUGGCGUACUAUUUAUUGCUGACAUAAUUCAUAAGCCCAGAGAACAUGUGUUAAGAUUAGUAGCAUUUCCCUAAUAUACAUCACUUCUUUUACCUCUGUUUAAUCUUGCUUCCUUUGCAUUGUCACUUUGUUGAUUCAUGUCUCUCGAUUCAUAUAAUUCGUUGUCCAUUAGGAAAAUAUACAUGGAUGCAAGUAGCGAAUUUAACUUGGUGCAAGCUGGAAGGGGAAGGAAAGUUGCACUUGGAACAAAACUGGAUUCGCGAAAGAUUACCAAAAGGGAUUCUCCAAAUGGCUUUGGUGGAGAUACUUCUUCAGCACAAUACUCCUUAUCACCGAGGGCGGAAUGGAUGGAAUGGUGAAAUUUGGAAUAUGAUGGUUGGAAUAUUCCAUGCUAGACAUAGUUAUGUCAAAUUCACAAAGUCCCAAGUUCAAGAGAAGGAAAAGGAAUUGAAGAGAGACUAUAAAAUGCUAAAGGAGGCACAUAAACAAAGUGGAGUUAAUUGGGAUGAAAUUAGGUGCAUGAUACAAACUGAUGAACAUCUUUGGGAUGAGUUGACGAUUUCAUUUGGUUCGAGGAUCAAUAAGUUCAAGUCCAAACCUUUUCCUCUCUUCAACUUACGAGGAGAUCUCUAUGAUGUUCUCAUUUUUCAGGGCCGUUAUAACUUGACAACCACUACUGAGCCUGAAGGAAAUAUGCCUUGGAGGAAAUAAUAAACUUGAUUAUUUAUAUUUCUUUAUAUCAUGAUAAAUGUUUAUUAUUCAUGCUAGAAUUGUAUUAACUGGAAACUUAAUUCA